CCCGACAUGACGGGUUAUGCAUCGUAUCUCGGGAAUCGUUUAUUUACUAACUUCCCACACACCGACGAUUCGAUACCUACCCCGUUUACACAAUCGCCCAUCGACCUUUCACCAACCUCCAUCGACCUUUCACAAAACGAAACCGUCCCCGAAACUCAACCACCCAACGAUGGUCCUUCCGCACCCCAACCCAUAAAAAAGAGAAGCCAUAAGAAAAAAACCGAGGCGGAUAAAGCACUUGAAACCAUCAAGCGAAAACAACUAAAAUGGACCGUUCCUGAAGAACUUGCAUUGGCGAGGGGUUGGUUUCAACAAUCUCAACAUUCAACUUUAGGAAAUUCUCAACAUCGAACCUAUUUGUGGCAAGGGGUUAGUAAAAUAUUCCAUGAAGAAUUGGGAAAAGAGCCUGAGUAUGGAAGAGAUGCCACAAAAAGGCGUGCUCAAAAAUCAAGAUCUGCUACGGCAUCACCUUCAGCUGGGAGUUCGCUCUUGCAUAGAGGAAUAUACAGCGACCAGUUGGAUGCCAUUUCAUCCAAGAUGGAUACAUUCAACGUCUUCCAACAAUAA